AUGACCAGAACACAGAUAUUAACCUUCCCAGCUCUUCUGAUGCUCCUCUACAGUGAUAGCUCAGCUCCUGUUUCUGUGACAACAAGCAAUCCAAAAGUAGAGGUGCAUGAAAACACAAAUGCUGUACUGUCCUGUGAGUUCAGGACAGGGAAAGAAACAAACCCACGUGUUGAAUGGAAGAAGAGAGGCAAAGAUGUCUCGUAUGUUUAUUUUGAUGGCGAAUUUUCAGGUUCAUUUAGGGGCCGUGCAUCUAUCGAUGGUGCAACAGUGACCCUUCGUGGUGUUACACAGAAAGACUCAGGAGUGUAUCACUGUGAAGUCACAGCCCGCCAGGACAAAAUCAAGCUGGGGGAGGCCACCAUCACCCUUAAUGUUUUUGUGCCUCCACAUGCACCGUCAUGUGAGGUCCCAGAGACAGUUAUGAGAGGCUUUUCUGCAGAGCUGCGCUGCAUAGAUAAACUGAGUGUUCCCCCAUCCACCUACAUCUGGUACAAAGACAACAAGCCACUUAAUACUGCCCAUGUCCCUGAAAUCAACUACAGCCUGGACCCCAAAUCAGGGACUCUGAAAUUCAAAAGUGGGUCAGAAUCUGAUGAGGGACAGUAUAGAUGCGAGGCCUCCAAUGGGGUGGGGGCACCAAAAAGCUGUGCAGGCCGACAUAUGCAGAUAACAGAGUUUGAGGUGAACCUAACAUUAGUUAUAGCAGUAGGAGUGGGUGCCAUCUUGCUCAUUCUCUCGUGCUGUCUGGCCAUCUGUUUGUGCUGCAGACGAGGGAGCUGUCGUUACCACAAGAAGAAACGAGAGACAAAACAAAGCCCAGGCGCUACAAACACACGCAAUCCUUUGUGCUUUGAAGAGCUUGCACACAUAUCUGUGAUGAUUGACGAUAGUUUGUAUUAG